AUGGCCAAUACUGAGCGUGUUAUAAAACACGUUAUUCAAGAAAAGUUGGCGUUUACACUGGUGGUUAAUAAAGUGGAUAGGCUGAUUUUGGAACUGAAAUUGCCUCCAAAUGAUGCAUAUUAUAAGCUAAAGCAUACAAUAGAAGAUGUUAACACUAUCAUUAGGUGGCAGGACCUCCGCGUGUCUCCUGAACGCGGAAAUGUUUGUUUUGCGUCCAGUCAGAUGGGAUGGUGCUUCACCCUAAAGUCUUUUGCAAAGCUAUAUGCCGAUUCAUAUAGUGGUUUGAAUGCCGAAGAAUUUGCAAAACGGUUGUGGGGUGACAUAUACUUCAACCCGGUCAAACGAACUUUUAGUAGAAAGAGCUUAGAAAGCAAAAGUGAAAAUGAGGCAACCUUGAAACGAACAUUGGCGUCAAUGGGCAUUCAUUUGAAGGCAUCUCAUUUUCAACUGGACGUGAAACCCCUAUUACGAAUAGUCUUGGACCAAUUUUUUGGUCCAGCCACUGGCUUUGUUGAAAUGGUAGUUCAGCACAUUCCUUCACCAGAGAAAAAUGCUAUAAGCAAGCAUACUUAUACCGGGCCAAUGGACACAAAUGUGGCUGAAGCAAUGCGCGAAUGUGAUUCUGACGGUCCAUUGAUGAUCUACAUCACUAAACUAUACAAUUCAUCCGAUGUAUCAAAGUUUGAUGCAUUUGGUCGAAUAAUGAGUGGAACUGUUAGAAAAGGUCAAGCUGUGAGGGUACUUGGUGAAGGUUAUUCGGUUGAGGAUGAAGAGGACAUGACGAUACAAGAUGUCUCGAAUGUGUGGAUAUUCGAAUCUAGAUACAGAAUAGAGGUUGAUGGCGCACCCGCGGGCAAUUGGGUCCUUCUAGGUGGGAUCGAUAAUUCAAUUGUGAAAACGGCGACUAUCACAAAUAAGGACGCUGAAGAAGACAAAUAUAUAUUUCGACCUUUGUCCUUUAUCACAACGGCCGUUCUCAAAGUAGCCGUGGAGCCGGUGAAUCCAUCGGAAUUACCAAAAAUGUUGGACGGGUUAAGAAAAAUCAAUAAAAGCUACGCCAUUCUUAUUACGAAGGUCGAGGAAUCAGGCGAACAUAUUAUUCUUGGUACAGGAGAAUUGUAUUUAGAUUGUGUUUUGCAUGAUCUUCGUAGGAUGUACGCCGAGAUUGAGCUCAAGGUUUCUGACCCUGUUGUUAGAUUCUGUGAAACGGUCGUAGAAACUUCUGCUCUAAAAUGUUUCGCAGAAACCCCAAACAAAAAAAAUAAGUUGACCAUGAUAGCCGAGCCCUUGGAGAAGGGCAUUGCUGAGGAUAUCGAAGUUGGCAAAGUGAACAUCAAAUGGCCAGUUAAAGAAAUUGCAAAACUAUUUGAAGAAAAAUAUAUGUGGGAUCCCUUAGCAUCACGAUCAAUAUGGGCGUUUGGGCCCGACGAAAAUGGACCUAACAUUUUGCUCGACGACACUCUUCCCACCGAGGUGGAUAAAAAUUUACUAAACAGUGUCAAAGAUUCAAUACGUCAAGGUUUUCAAUGGGGUACACGGGAGGGGCCUUUGUGCGAUGAACCACCAGAACCUAUAUACCGCGGUGGUGGUCAGAUAAUUCCUACUGCACGUCGUGCAACACCUAGAUUGAUGGAACCUGUGUAUUACGUUGAAAUCCAGGCUCCGGCCGACUGCGUUCAAUUACUAAUGUCAACCUAUCUCAGAGGGCAUGUAACUCAAGAUGUACCAAAAGCUGGAUCACCGUUGUACACGGUUAAGGCUUACAUUCCUGUUAUAGAGGCCAAUGGGUUUGAAACAGACAUGAGAACUCAUACACAGGGUCAAGCAUUUUGCCAACAGAUAUUUGACCACUGGCAGAUUGUUCCCGGUGAUCCGUUGGAUAAAAGUAUAGUUCUUCGCCCCUUAGAGCCCAGCCCGGCUCAACAUUUAGCAAGAGAUUUUAUGGUCAAGACUCGAAGAAGAAAAGGGUUGUCUGAGGACGUCUCAGUCAACAAAUUUUUCGACGAUCCGUUGUUGCUGGCCAUUGCACAAUCAGAUGUUCUGG